AAGAUGGCGGGGGUGUUUUCUCGUUUGAAUAUGUUUAAGCUCGGGUGGAGAUGCGUGAAAUUGAGCAGGAAAAUGAUGAAUCGUGCAGCUGCUCCUGCGCAGACGAUGCGCCGCUACAGCACAGACCGCGGCUUAUUCGGGCUUCUCUUUGACAUUGAUGGAGUGUUGGUACGUGGCCGGACCCCCAUCCCUGCUGCUAAACAGUGUUUCAGGAAUCUGGUGGAUGGAAACGGAAACUUCAAGGUGCCCGUGGUGUUUGUGACGAACGCGGGGAACUCCAUGAGACAGACCAAAGCAGAGCAGCUUUCUCACCUUCUGGAGGUGGAGGUGUCACCGGAGCAGGUGAUGCUGUCUCACAGUCCCCUGCGGGUCUUUACUCAGUUUCACGACAUGUGCGUCCUGGUGUCUGGACAGGGACCCGUCGUGGACGUCGCACACAAUGUAGGUUUUAAGAACGUUGUGACCAUUGACACGCUACGGGAGGCGUAUCCUCUCCUGGACAUGGUGGAUCACAAUCGCAGACCCAAAGAGAUUAUCCCUCCGUCCAAGGAUUUACCACCAAUUGAAGCUGUCGUGCUGUUCGGUGAGCCUAUCAGAUGGGAGACCAACUUACAACUGAUUACCGAUGUGCUCUUGUCCAAUGGGAGGCCAGGGAACCCUGUGACAUCACCGCAUUACCCGCACAUCCCCGUACUGGCCUGCAACAUGGAUCUGCUGUGGAUGGCCGAGGCGAAGAACCCGAGAUUCGGUCACGGCAUGUUUCUCGUCUGUCUGGAGAACAUCUAUAAGAAGAUAACCGGCUGUGAGCUGAAAUACGAAGCUCUUAUUGGGAAACCCAGUGUUGUGACUUAUAACUACGCCGAGCUUCUCAUCAGACAACAGGCGGAGAAUCUGGGCUGGACCCAACCUGUAGAAAGACUUUACGCCAUUGGUGACAACCCGAUGGCAGACAUAUACGGUGCAAACCUCUACAACCGCUACCUCAAAGCCAUAAAUUGCACCCGUGCCCAAGCGCAAGCACACGUCGGAGACAUCCCGUAUGAAGUGUUCGACGAUGCCAAACGUUCUGGAGAGGUGUCGGUCGGAGGAUCGUUCGAGCAUCGUCUGCCCGAGGGCUGCAGCUCCAUCCUGGUCUGCACGGGUGUCUACAACCACGAUCAGCAGGACUUACCCUCCGACCCCGAGCAGACGGUCACGGAGCAGCAGAUUUUCCACGGUCACAGGGACUUCUGCUUUGACCCCAGCCUCACACAACCGUCCUUCGUGGUCCAGGACGUUCGGGAAGGUGUGGAGCUGGUUUUUCAGUUAGAAGGUUGGCCUCUGGAAUAGAUCCGGUUGUGCGAGGUGACGUCAAAACGAAAUAUAAUUGAUGUGCCUGUCAAACAUUAGAAGCGUCAGAGUUUGCUGUUCGCUUUCCCAUAUCCCUAUUUAUCUGAAAUGAAACGGUUUUCUUUUGAAAAAAGAUUUUUUGUUAGUAAUUAUUUGUAUAACUUUUGAUCUUGACAUCAAAUCUGUGAUUUAGUCUCUGGGUUUUUAAAUCAAAUUUAGUUUUUAUCGUAUGUAUUUAUGUUUAUAGCAAUUUUAACAUUUCAAGAAUUUUUAUGCCAAAUUGCCAACUAAUUCUCAAAGAAAAUUUUAGAUUUAAAUUGAUCAAAAAGUUUUGGUCGGUGGUUAGUAAACCUACUUAUGACAUACAGCUUUGACACUUCCAGUGUUGACAAUCUCAAAUGCGAGAUGCGAUAUUAGGCUUCAUCCCAAAUGAUGCCUUCAGAUGCCGCAGACUGAUUCACAUGCGUCAUUUGUACAGAAAGUGCUGAAAUGUUUCAGCAAAACCCACGUCUUGGGUUAAAUUAACCUAGAAAUAAUGAACCUGUCUUAGGGCUGUUCAACGAUUAAUCGCGAUUAAUCGCAUCCAGAAUAAAAGUUUGUGUUUACAUAAUAAUAUAUGUGCGCCGUACAUUUAUAAACACAUAAACAAACAUGUAUAUAUUUAGGAAAUACUUGAUGUAUACAUUUAUAUUUAUAUAUCAUUUCAAUGAUAUAUAAACAUUUAAUCAUUUUUAAAUAUAUACAUGUAUGUGUUUAUAAUAUACUGUAUGUCUGUGUACUGUGCAUAUUAAUUUUGUAUUUGUAGUGUAAACACGAACUUUUAUUCUGGAUGCGAUUAAUCGCAAUUAGUCGUUGAACAGCCCGUCGAUAUUUGACCCAAUCAUGGGUUGAAACAACCCAGCUUUCUUUUUUACUUAAUGUUUGCGUAAACGGUUCGUGAAACUAUUUGUUUGUAAAUUGUCUCGUUGAAUCAAUUGAAAACUAUUUUCCUUCAUGCACUGUAGGAAUUAGAGUUAUGGGUUUACACUGUUGCCAUCGGCUCAAAAACAGAGCAUUACAGGAACUUCAUGUGACUUUCAACAAGUCGUAAUAAUUCAUGGGCAUAAACUCUGAAAGCAAUGAAAGACAGUCAUCCGUGAAGCCAUAUUAGUUAAUGAAGAAACAACCCAAUGCCAUUGCAAGAAGGACUUAUGUGUGUUUCUUAACUUAAAGGACUUAAAGUAUGUGUCACAGUAGUUCUUUCUGCAAACGAGUCUUGAAUCAUCUAAAUUGGAUCACUAGGUUUAUAGGACACAUUGUACCGUUUACACAGAACUAUAUUUGUGUUUGAUUGUCGUGUCAGGUCUAGCUGAGUUACACUGUACAUCGCCCAACUAUGAAUUUUCUGUCUCGCCCUCAUGUGAGCGCUGUAUCACUCCAUCUGUUUUGACACACAAGUUUGUGUGUGUAAACGGUUCAUAACCUGUGUGAUGUAUUCGUUUGUUAUUGUUAAAUAUCUAUUUUAACACGGGAAUAGUUCACCUUCAAAAUGAAAAUUCUGCCAUUAUUUACAAACCAUCUUGUCAUUUUAGACCUGUAUGACUUUUGCAGAACACAAAAGAAAAUAUUUUGGAAAAUGUUGGUCCCCAUUUGGACUUUGGCAUUGGUUUUGUGUCCAUAGAAUAGAAGUCAAUGGGGACCAACGGUUUUUGGUUACCAACAUUUAUCAAAAUAUCUUCUUUUGUGUUUUGCAGAAGAAAGAAAGUCUAAAAAAGUAACUUUUUUAGGAUGUGGCUAAUUUAUAUUAAUUUGUGUGAUUGUGAGUCAUACAAAAACGUGCAGCUAGAUCGUAUGAAUUAAUAUGAAUUAGCCACCUUGUAAAAUAGUUACGAAGUGAUUGUGUUGGUAUAAUAAAAAUAUUGCUCAAUACACACCUAACCCUAUAAAUUUACAGUUUUGUGUUUUAAAAAACAAAGAAAAGAUUUAUUGAAUUUACUGUUUUUACCAAGUCUACAUUGUGUACGACAUAUUGCAGAAUAAAUGUCCCAAAACUGUCAUGUUGUUCUUGUAUACAUGUUUACAGAGUUAUUUCAUUAAACGCAAUUAAGUUGCCAGA